AUGCUGGAUCAAGCCAAAUGCAAGAGGCAAAAGACGAGGCAGAGGCUGAGAUGGCGAAUGAGUGCAUUCGUCCGGCGGAUGGACGAGUCUCGACCUCGAGCGUUGAUGGGCAAUUUGACGUCCGAUCGACCGAAAGGGGGUAAAGUGGAGCGCCUCUUCGACUCCAUCCUGCAGCGUUCACUGGUCGCCCCUUUCUCAGACGCGUGA